AUGCCGGUAAAUAUCUUUGUGCAUAUCAGGGUAAUGGAAGAAGAUUGUGGUGCAUUUGCAGCAGACUGUGUUGUCCUGUCAUGCUGCUGCCAGUGCCUUGUCUUACAAGUCAGUGUCUUCGUCUUCUUCAAGAUCCCUUGUAAACUUGCCAAGAAGAUGAAGAAGUUUGUGAAGAGAAGAUCUCGGAAAACCUUGCAACCAACAAUGGAGGACGUCAAAGAGGAGUAUUGUUCUGGAAAUGGGUUUGCCUUUGAAGAAGGCUCAUCAGGAUCAUAUUGCUUCGAAGAUAUUGAAGGAAUGUUGCAGGAACUGUCGAUAAGCAAAGGGAUCUUGUUUGGAAGCUUCUGGCGCCAUGAAGAAUUUUCUGACGUUUUCGAUUUCAAAUAGCAACAACCAACAUAACAGAAAUUAAUAUUUGCUCGUCUGCAUCCGUUGUGUUAAUUUAAUUAAGAAUCCAAAAAAUAAGC